AUGGCGGAGGGGAUGAGGCCGCUGUUCGACGCGUCGGCAUACGUGCUGUUCGAGGCGAUCGGCGAUUCCGAGGCCGAGGAUUUCGACGGCGUCGGCUCCGCCCAACAACAUGUCGAGCAACAGGCCGGGACGAUGCAGCAGCCACCGGGCCUCGCGCAACGCCAGCACGAGCAACCAUCUCGCGAGGCCAUUACGCCAGCUUCACGCCGUGAAGAGCAUCACGAACCAACAGAGACCAAGGCCUACGCAAGCCUCGCGCCGCUAGGCCUCUCAUGCCACGACGUCCGCGUCUCUUCGCGCAGCGGGGGCUCUCACGAGGGAACAGAGGGACGUGCCAUUGAAGAUUCGCGCCGCGACGGAGGAAUGAGGGCUUCAAACGAAGCUUCCAUCAGCAGUGAGUUGAUAAACACUCAAGUUAGGCGCAGAAACGAGGUGGGCCUUGAUUUGAUUGCUGCUGUAAAAGGACUUCACGUGCUUAGCCCACAGCAGCUUACGCAACUCAUCAGGGAUUCUGGCAAUAAUAUUGUUCAACAUAUCGCUGAAGAUGGAUCACACAUACAGGUUGACAUGGAAAAAAUUGCGAGAUAUCUUCCCUUACACCUGAUUGCAGUGAUAAUGGCCUGGGAAAGGGACAAGGCUACAUUCAAGUAUUUGUUUUGUGGAGUUCUUCUGUUACAUUCUAUGUGUGAUCUUGCUUCCCGGGUUCCCAAAAUUGAGCAGAUAUUGCUUGAUGAUGUGAGAGUAUCUGAACAGCUAGUCAACCUGGUAUUUUAUCUGGUCAUUCUUCUGGGUGCAUACAGACAGGACUAUCAGAAUAUUACCAAUGAUAUGAUUCUCUUGCAUUCAGCCCUGGUGGCCUACACUAUAAAAUUGCUAAUGGUUAUUGUCUCUCCUCAAUACCAAGAUGUUGCUCGAGUUUUGUCUGCCUACUACAAAGUUGAUAUAUUUAUGGACGCUACAUUUUCUGCUGUUUGUAUAGAUGUCAAAUAUUUGCAAUCAAAGCUUUCAAUUGAACAAACCGAGUCUUCGGCUGGUACUCCUCCCCUUACUGCAGAAGAGAACUUGAAUCAUCUUUGCCAGCAGUGUGACUCCUCUUUGCAUUUUCUGCAGUCUUUAUGUCAAGAGAAAUCGUUCCGAGACUGCAUUAUUAAAAAUAAGGAGGUAUGUGGCAAUGGAGGUGCUCUUUUACUGGUACAGGCCGUUUUGAACCUUAAGAUAUCACCCUUGUAUAAUAAUACAUCCUUGUAUAUGGCAUCUAUCUCUCGGUUGAAGUCUAAAGCAUUAUCCAUUCUCUUGCACCUAUGUGAAGCGGAAUGCAUGUCCUUCCUGGAUGAGGUUGCCAGUAAUCCGAGAAGUCAGAAUCUGGCAAAGUCUGUUGCACUACAGGUCCUUAAAUUGUUGAAGCAGAUGUUUGGUAUAGAUUCCAAUACCUCAAAAAUGUCUUCCGAGAUGGUUUAUUCGAAAGGGCAACUGGAACUUAAUGCGAUGCGCCUGACUGAUGUCUUAUCCGACGAUUCAAAUUACCGUCAGUUUGUCACGUUAAACUUUACGGAAAUUUUGGCGGCAAUCUUUCUUCUCCCACAUGGAGAAUUUUUGUCUGGUUGGUGUUCAUCCAAUUUUCCAGUGUGUGAAGAUGAUGGAAGUUUGGACAUACCUCGGGCAUCUUAUGCUCAUCAGAGAACAUCUUUACUAAUUAAAAUAUUAGCAAAUCUUCACUGUUUUGUUCCUGAUGUCUGCCAAGAUGAGAAGGAUCUCUUCCUACAUAAGUUCGUGCGGUUCAUAGAAUGCUCAUCUACUUCCGAUACUGAAAAAACUGGAACAGUUGGCAAGAAUUUAUGUUCAUUGUUAAGUCAUGCAGAGUCUUUAGUUCCCCGGUUUCUAAAUGAAGAAGAUCUGCAGCUCCUAAGGUUAUUUAUUAAUCAAUUUGACUCUUCGGUUGUUUCUACUGCUGUUGAAGCUCUAUCUUUCCAAGAUGCUCGAAAUACAGGGCCCCGAUCUUCACCAUUUCAGAUUGAAGUCGCAUCAAGUCAUGGCAAUAAUGAUUUCAACAUGCAAGAAGCCACAGUGGAUACCGUUAUUUCCGGGGAUAAAGGCCACUCGGGCAUCGGCCCGAAUGGUAAUAAGCAAUGCACUCUUGGGGAAAGUAAAUCCUGGAUGAUGGAUCAAGCUAAGAAGCCCAAUGGGCCCCACAUAAAUUUGAAAGAAAUCGAGAUGGAUUCCAGCCCGACACGUGGAAAGACCUCUGUCGAGCGUAUGGAUAUCUAUCUAGAUGACGAAAAGGCUAACGCCACACAUUCUGACGAGAAUCAGCAAAGAAAUCGUAAGCGGAUUUUAAUGAAUGACAUGCAGGUAGCACUCAUUGAGUCCGCGCUUCUGGACGAACCCAAUAUGCACCGUAACUCUGACUCGUUGAAAUCGUGGGCCGAAAAAUUAAGUCUAUAUGGAGCUGAAGUCACUAUUUCAAGGCUAAAAAAUUGGCUCAAUAACCGAAAAUCGAAACUCGCCCGCGCUGCCAAAGAUGUCCGUGAACCAUAUGAAGGGGAAAGAAGUCUCGAGAGACAAGGCAGUUGGGCCGCCGUUCACUCAGACUCACCCUUGGGCCCAAUCGAAGACUCCCGGGUCCAGCUCAAGUCAAGAUGGAGCACCAAAAAUGAGCCCACAGACAACCCAUUUUCUGCAGAUGCUGCAAGUCCCUUUCCAUAA